AUGACAAACUCUUCCAAGCAGAUAUCGCAAUUAGAUGUUUGCAGUUACGUCUACGAUGGUAUGCCUGAUUGGCUUCCAGCAUAUCUAACCACCCCAGUGACUGUAUCGCUUAUCUUCUUAUCUGUCAUCAAUCUGCUUAUGUCUGCUUGUACUAUAUUUCUAAAUGUCCUGGUAAUGAUAGCCGUCAAGACAUCUCCGCGGCUGAAAACCAAUUGCAACAUGUUGCUGGCCUCUUUAGCUGGAACCGAUUUGAUGACUGGCGCCAUUGGACAGCCGCUGACGGUGGCAAAACAAACACGCCGUCUUGGAGGAAGCUCGGUGGAUUCUUACUCCGUGUGCCUCCUAGAGGGAGCCGUCACUGUAACGUCUGUAACUGCUUCUAUUCAACAUUUAGCGUUGCUAAGCAUCGAACGCUACCUCGCGAUUAUGCACCCUUACAAAUAUCCUGAAAUUAUCACCAAAUAUCGCUUGGUCGCAAGCGCGGUCACUGUUUGGUCAGUUGCUGCUUUGAUGACUGUUCUGACUUAUAUAUUCUCGCUUAACAAUGUCUUCAACUCUGUUUUUCGCGUUAUCUUAAUAGUUGCUAGUAUUUCUAUCCUCAUCUUUUGUCAGAUUGCCGUUUAUCGAGAAGCUCGUUCGCAGAUGCUCAAAAUCGCUUCUCAACAAAUCUCCACCGAGGCCAAAGAAACAUUUUUAAAAGAAAAGAAAGCUUUGAACACUACGAGAAUUGUUAUUGGAGUGGUCCUGCUUUCGUUCGUGCCUUUGUUUCUAUUUCGACUUUUUAUGAUGCCUUUCUUGAGUUCACCCGCUAUGAAAUUCGUAAUGGAAUACGCCUUUAGAUCUCUUGCGCUCUGUAACUCGGUCUGUAAUCCUUUAAUUUACUGCGCUAGGAACAAGGAGUUUCGAAAAGCUUUUAAAAGACUUCUAUGUAAGCAAUGUCAUCUUCAACCAAAUUGA